CCAGAAUUAUAUACCUUCUACGAACGAACUGCAGGAGUAACAGAUGCGCAAUGUUCUCUACACAGCUCAAUGGCUCGGCAGUCAUAUUCAGGUCCGGCUACCUCACACAUGCUGCUUUGCAGUGCAAGUGCGCGAUACUUAAUCCCCUCCCGGCCCUUCCACUUGGAAUCAUCCCCAAUUUCCUCACAGUCGUUUUCUCAUCGUCGCUCAUCAUAACACUCCCUGUCAUCUCUACUAAUCGCAUCUUCAAUCGCACUUGUUAAGCAGUUUGCACGCCCUAUCAACGAUCCUUACACUCCAAUGUCAACAAUGGCUCAACCAACACAGCCUUCAGUCAUUUCCUUUGUCCUUCCACGAAGAAUAUCAUCACAGCAUUACGAGGACAUGCGCCCACAGAUAACUGAGAUGGUUUCUAAGGGAAUGAAAGCGGAUAACAUUGCCAACGUGCUUGGUUUAAACCCAAAAACCACGUCAGACAAGGUCAAGAACUGGGGACUACGAGUGAGGGGCUCGGGUAGACGACAUGGGAAAUUGAUAAGACGUGGUCUCAACGAUAUGCUCCCAUACUUUCCAAGCCAGCCUACCAAUGGCAACAAAUCUGCGGAACCAUUGUCCCAUUACCCCGCGCCCGACUCGAUGCAGGAACCCGCGAGUGGGUUUGCACCUUAUGAAGAUGGACAUACUGGGAUGGAAGUCGGGUUUGCACCUCCUGCAAGUGGUGCUGCACCUUAUGGGGGAGAUGGGAAUACUAAGACGGGAACCUCGUUUCCAUCUGCCCCAAGCUUGCCUUUUGGCAAUGGAAACCCCCGUUGGGUGCGGUCUGAAGUCAUUCGGUCUAUCCUGCGGUCCAACUCGUCUGAUCAGGAGAAAUUGGCUGCGAUGGAAAGAUGUGUUGGGCAGGAGCCUUAUGAUCAAUCCAAAUCUUUCGCACCCGACGUGGUUUUCGCUCAAAGCGAUCAGACCGGACCAGCUCCAGAGACGAUUCCAACAUAUUUCUUUUGACACUCUGGCUCCUCGAGGGUUGUUCCUUUCACGAUAACACGAGCAUCAUGCGGUACUGGCCACCUCCAGAAGGAAGGAAAGGAUUCACGAUCUCUACAAUCUUGCUCCCGUCGCCAACAUUUGUCCCUCACGGGCUACGGUUUUAAGAUGACACGAGCACCACGCGGCACUGGCUAUAUUUAGGAGGAAUGAUAUGAUAUACAACCACUAUGACUUUCCUUGUAUUCGUUCCUAUACUUUUUAUUGCUUAAAUAUGUGGCUUUCAAUAGCCAUACUUCCUUAGACAUGGCACGUUUUUCUAGCGCUGGGAGUUCUAGACGGGAUGGUGGGCGCAAUUGAAAACCUGUAUCCAAAAAAAACUUGCGUUACAUACCUAGGUACACUACAUACACAAAAUACAUCUGCUAUGCUUG